UUCCAGUUGUUCCGGUCUUGUGCCGCGUCCAUGUCGUCACGACCCUCGAUGAAUGCUUUGCACCUGCAGAGCCGACGCGCUGCGGCUAUGGGUACUCGAUACUAUUCCGACGUGAAGUCAGAAACCGGUGUCAAGGAGGGGGAGGCUAAAGAAGAAGCUAAAAGCGAGGGCUCCAGUAUCCCCGCGCCGGAGAAUGAGUGGGAGACGAAGUUGAAAGCGAAGGAGGAGGAGGUUGCCGAUAUGAAGGCCCGCCUACAAUAUCUCCAAGCGGACUUUCUAAACCUCCAACGUAAUGCGGCCCGAGAGAAAGAACAACAAAAGGACUUCGCAAUCACCCGAUUCGCCUCUGACCUCCUCGAGACUGUCGACGUCCUCGCCCUCGCCCUCAGAUCUGUCCCGCAAUCCGUUCUCCACCCUACCCCCGCAGACCCGUCCUCCUCGGGACCCCCACCUCCUGAACCCUCUUCCUCUUCCUCACCACCCCAAAAGUCCGCGCUGGACUACUUGGUCGAGCUACACCACGGUGUGGAGAUGACCCACCGCCUGCUUCUUUCGACACUCUUCAAAUACCAGGUCAAGCCGUUUGAUCCUACUGGUGAUACCUUCGACCCGAACAAGAUGGAAGCACUUUACCAAGCACCCAUACCUGGCAAGAAGCCAGGGGAAGUUAUUGAUUGCCAGAAGGUUGGCUACAUGAUCAAGGACAGAGUCUUGAGGGCAGCACAGGUCGGUGUUGCACAAGAU